CCUAAAUCAAACAAAUCUGAGAUCAACAAAUCACGGAGCCGGUUGGUCAAUUUUUUUGGCAUUUUCACCAUCUUCCCUUUGUCCUUGUUUUACUAAUAAAAUUCGAUAGCUGUACAGAGAUGUUUGUUUAAUUAAACCAGUCUUAUAUUUAAAGAUGCAAAUGUUGAAAAAUGAAUUCAGAUACGAAUACACCUUUAUUGAAUAAAUAUAAAUUUUAUUACUUGUGUAAAGUUUUACCACAAACAUUACUUGGAGGGAUUAAACUUCGACUUGGUUUCAAUGUACCGUACUAUAUCUACAUUUUCCAGAUUUUGAUAUGGAUUUUACCAAUUAUCAUUGGAUCUUUAUUUACAAUAACAGCUGAAUUAUCUGAUUUUGAUAAUAAUUUGUGUGGCAUUUUAAGUGGAAUUACAGUUUUUCUUGUGCAAGCUUUGGUUCAUGUUGUGGUUUUGAUAUUAAAGAAAAAGGCAACAGCUGAAAAGCCAAAGAACAAUUUUUUAGCAGAAGAAGAUGGGAGUCAGUUUAAUUCUUUCUUCUCUUUAGCAUCAUUACAGUUCCUAGUACCAAAUAGAUCAUUACUGAACUAUAUUUUUCACCCUUUACUUAAUGGAAUCAUAUGCUGUUUUGCGUUAAUGUUUUUAUUACCUGAAAGAACUGAUAAACUAUUUAAAAGCUUGGCUGUCAAAGUGAUUGUUUAUAUCUUCGGAUGGAUCACUAUAUGUACUUCAUGCUAUCCACUGAUUGGACAAGCCCCGAAAGAGCCAGCAAAAUUCUAUAGUUUAGAAUUAUUUGAAUUAGAAGUUUUAACAAGACCAUUCUAUGUCAUCUUAAUUAUUUUAUUUGACUUUUUCUCAAGGUCAGAUGAACAAUUUGAUGAUGCUAAUUUUUCACUACAUAUACUAUUUGUGUUCCUUCCAGUAUUGUGGACAACUGGAUUUCUGCCACCCAUAGAUAGUUUAGUUCUAUGGGGUGCUGAGUACACAGUAAAACAUAUCUUAGGUGGUGGGACAAAUGCCACUAACACCAGAUUGUUCAUAAAUUUCACGUUAUCAUGGCUUGCCAUAUUGAUUGUGUACUUUAUAACUCAUUCAACGGUCCAAUUUUGCUUCAUCGCAGCAUUAUCAACAUUACUGACGACGGACCUUGCAUCACUUGUUAUUAAAAUUUCAAAUCUGAUUAAAAUUGGCCCACAAAAGAUAAAACAGAACAACCAAUUCACUUCCAGUAUAAGCAAUAAUGUGAUACAAUCUGGUUGUGUCAUGAUUUUUACCGUUGUUGCAAGUGUGGUAAUAACUGGUUUUACAAAAGAGAACAUAUCAUCAUUUCAGAGCUCAAGUAGUGUUGAUCUGCUUGGUUUUGUUCUUUCUGGCUUUGUUAUUUUGUAUAAAUUAAUUUGGAGUUCACAACAGAUUUAUGUGAUUUUUGGUUUGAUAAAAAAUCCACUCCGGAGCAUGUUUCCUAAAAUGUUCAAGAGAAUGGUGGUGGUUACUUUAUAUGCAAUGAAAUGUUUCAUGCUUCCACUAUAUCUUGUGUUUACAUUGGGUGUGGUUAUUCAGGGUGAUAAAAAUGUUACCUUCAUAAACAUCUUAUUGGUGUUCCGACUCUAUCGCAUGGCGUGGCAGAAUACAUUGAAAAACUCAUACGAUGUCAUCCUAUAUUUUGUGAUUCGCUGGCUUAAUUCUUCAUUGUUGCAAGAUAUUCACCCAUCCGUGACAUUAUUCAUCAUUUCUUUUGCACUGCAUGGAGGAACAACAUUUUGCAAAAACUUAUGGUUCAUUGUGAUAUUGGUUGUAAGCUCAACAUUUUCGCAAAAACAUCAAAAAAGGAAAGUCGCCAUAUCACUUCUGCUAUCUUUCUGUUUUCUACCACUGACACUAACUGUUGUGUUGUUAACAAGUAUACUGGAUGCCCCUUUGUUACCGCUCUUUACAUUACCCAUAUUUGCAGUAGCUUUCCCUAGACCAUUCCGCAUGUGGCCUUACGCAACGUAUUCGAAUAAAUCAGCGACUACAGAUUGGAUAUACUACCAACAUCUAAUGCCGGAGUUGACAAAAGAGUUACGGUUGGCCGUGCUAGCCUCCUCUGUGUCUGCCGAACCUGGGUCUUACUACCUUGCGCGGUUUCAAGACCGUAUUUUAUGGAUUAACUUUCUCGAGAGUGGUUUAAUGUAUUCAAACUUUGUUAUUAAAGGAUUAGAAUUGCAAGAGACAUCGUGCCAUACGACUGAAGCUCAAUUCAUUGAUGAGACGUUUGAGAAUUCAUUUUCAGUUGUUAACAGCUCGUUCUUUAAUAAGUCUGCUUUUAGUGUUCUCUUACCGAAGACAGAACUGGAGUUAGAAACUUAUUCAGAUGCUCGCAGUGUGUUAACAGGAGUUAUUGGACAUCCUAAUUUUUUGGAAAAAGUAUCGAAAAAUUUCCCGAAGAUCCUAUUAUGGAAUUUAAUGAGGCAUUGCUUACACCGUAGACAAAAAGGAUUGAAGGAUUUGGAAAGCAAGGAUUUGUUCCAAGAUGUUAACAGAGACAUGGAUGUUCAGGAAACGACAAUGACAAACUAUUCCGCAAAAACAAAGAAAUCUGUUGUUUCAGAUGGAAUGGUGUUACCAAAAGCACCAAUCGUCCAACAACAAGAAAGAUUUUUCCAUGACUCGCCCGGUAUUGACAAUGCUGGGUUUAAUAAUUUUUCAAUGGCAGGGAUUAAUAGUGAGAAUAAGAAAUUUCAAACCAAUGAAAACGAUUCUGAUGAUGAAUUCGGUGAUUUUGGUUUUGAUAGUGACGACCAAUCCUCAAGUGAUAGUAACAACAUAUCUGCUGACAGUCUUUAUAAAAUGGCUAAUUAUAACAGCGCACCAACAUAUCAAGAUGAAACUAACUUUCCCGUACCGGUCGCAUCCGCCAUAUUGGACCCUCCAACGUAUUGGAAAGGGAAUCUUCCAUACAGUGAACACGAGCUAUCAAGUUAUUCGCAAGUAUACACCAGAGACUGGUACAAAGAAAUAAUCACAUCACUUUGCUUAGAAGACGAAACUCUUAUCCUUGAAGAUUCGACGUUGGAGAAGAUAUACAGGCUUCUUGUCAUCAAUUGUUACUAUCUUAUUAACGUGGUAGGAGUGACUGGUAAUUCUGUCUUAAAAGAAGGACCUGGCCAUGUUUAUCGAGUGUUUCACGGCAUUUUACCAUGGUCACCAAAAAUUUCAUGGAUCGAUAAUCAAAACGAGUUGAAAAACUUGUUGAUAAAAUCAUAUCGCCUCUCUUUCAAGUUUGCAUACGAUAGUGAGGUUUACGGCGAGACAGCGGAUGACAGUGAGAUGGUUGACGCGCUGACGAAAUAUGACAAGGACUGGUUUAUUGGUGAUGACACAUCGGAACAGUGGACGGAAAAUGUUUUGGGUGGUACUCCAAAUUUGUUGAGCCUUGGACAAGACAAAAGAACGAACAUGUUCACCAGUCGAACAUUAUCCAAACAAAAAAUCAGUGUCCCUAUAGCGGAAGUGAAUUCACAGUCAGUUCGAGGACUGUGGUCUGCAUUAUCUCUCGAGUUGUACUACAUGACGAAUGAUGACGAUGAACGGUACAGUAUCCAAGCUCUACCACCAAUGUUACGUAAUAUCAUCACGCAAGCUGCUGAUCCGCCUCUUGGAUACCCCGUGUUUUCAUCAGGAUUAGUUACCAUACCUCUUUAGGUUUCAGAAACACUGGAAGAAAGGUGCACAUCUGCUAUGAAUUUUUUUUGAGUGUUUCUUUGUUCGCCGCGAACAUUAAAAAUUCUUGUAGUGGUUGCUCAAAACCAAGAAACUAAGUGACAAAAUCUUCAUAGCCAAAAAAAGUAAGGCGAUCGCGAUUAAUUUUGUAACAAAAAAAGAAUUAUUUUUCACAUGCAGCAAGAAUAUAUCAAGGAGGUGUAAAGAUUUCCUUAUUCAGGUUGGGGUCUGAGUGACCCAGUCAAAAUUUGGGGGGAGGGGUGCCCUAUCCCUAUCCCUAUAUUUUCUAAACUACUUGCUUAUUGUUAACUGAUGUACAAUAAUUAAAAUGACGUGAAAAUUUUAAUUUUAGUAGCGCAAUAAAUUGCUGACGUCAGCAAAAUUUUGAAAAUUGCUGGCUUUUAAUUUUUUCCUAGUAUAUAAUAUGCAGAUAUGCUCUAAAAGAUCAAAUUGGACAAAUUAUUUACUCAGCCUAGAAUAUUGGGUUUUUGUUUUCUUUAUAGAUUUACCUAUUGUUUAUUGAGGCGCUAAAAUAUAUUUAUUAUUAUCUUAUUAUCUUAGGUUGGUUAUGGAAAUUUCAAAACAGUUUCUAUAUAACACUUAGCAUCAUUUGCUAGUUACAAUGUUGUUUAGGCCAACACUGAAGUAAUAGGGUACCUAUGUUGUUGAAACUAUUAUUAUAGCCAAAAUUGGGGUGCCAAACACACAAAAAUUUCAUAUUAUCAUGAAAAACCUUAAAUUACGCCCACAUGUCGCAAAAAAAUAUAUGAGGGCGUAAUUAGGGAGUUAACACUACGCAAUAAAUUUAAAUGUAACACAUUGAUCACAUAAUAUAAAGGGCGCGUAAUAUUUUAAAAAAAAAUAUUCAUGGUUAACUUUUGCAAAAGGGACCUUAGAAAUAUGGGCGUGGCUGGCCACCUGCUAAAGGCGCAAAUUUAAAUAUGUUUUUUGAUAAAUCGUCUUCAUAUAGAUAGAAACUCAGCUAAUAAAAAUUCAAGUAAAAUAAGCCGGUCAAUCAAGUUAAAAGUAAAAAACGGAAAGGUAGGGCAUUCUUGCCGCUCCCUCUCCUUUCCUCUCUUAACCUGAAUAGUGUUGAACCUCCUUGAAUAUACUCAGCAACAUUGACCCUGUCUGUUAUGAUGUUAUUUUUUUAUUAAAAAAACAAUGAUAAAUAUUCUAAGGUAUAUUUAUUUUUUUGUAUCAUAGUGUUUAGUGUGCUAUCCUACUAAGUGAUUGUGCGUUUAAAAAUAUUAUAGAGUAUUGAUUGCUAACAGUGUGUAUAUAUGUGAUGUAAAAAUAGAUUAAUUCUGAUGUUAAACAAUUUAUACAA